ACAUACUCGGUAUAACCUAGUUAUAUCAUUUCGUAGCUGAAAUGCUACACUUGCCGCGAGGCAUGUCCUUAUUGCACUGGUUUCUCCCGAGACAGCCAGGGCAUAUAAUGCUAGAGACUGUCGUUACAGUACCAAUUUACGGUGCUAAUCAUGUUUCGGGAUGAAGGUGACGUCGGCGGUUAUUUAUCGCAGAGUACGUCUUCUGGCGAUGCGGGGAAGGAUGUGAUCUCUGAUUCUUCUAAUGUUAAUAAUGGCAAGCUAGAGACUGUACUGUAUUGCAAUGUGCCUAAUAAGAUGAACAGAUCGGAAUUUGUCAGGAGUAUAGCAGAUGCCAAUGCUGUGGCUCCAUCAUCUUCAUGUACCGUGGCCCCUGAGGGUUCCAGCGGCGCUAUCAUGCCACUGAAUAACAUCAGGGAUACCUAUAAUCGCAUGUUAAAUCAAGCAAUGUAUUAUGGCAACCAAUCACCAUAUAGUUCACUGCCUUCGCAGAGUGCCGCUGCUGGUUCAGUGGAGCCCAUGACACUGGGUACUGCGGUGGAUAACCAGCAGAUGCAAACACUGGACAUGGAUACAAUGGGUGAUGUAAAUGGAUGUGAGGAUGUCUAUGACGUCGUGCCCAAUUCCUUUGAUCGUAGUAGUGCAAUAUCUGACGUCGUGAAGCUAAAUGACGCCAUAACGGAACUGACCAAGAGGAUGCCGAUGCCACCUACUCAGGAAUUGUUAAACGCCAUUGAUCCACACCUGUCUAUGAGGUUGCAGCUCACAUACUUGCGUGCAUAUAUACAAAACCAGCAGCUUUUGAUUGAUAUGAGGAACCGUUUAUUUGGCAACAUGGUCCACACUCGUGAUUUUAAGAACGCCAUAAUACCUGCUGUAACUGCGUUAUACAGGCCGAAUUCAGUGGAAACUAGGAAUUACACUGAAUCCUACAGUCGGCCGCCUGAUGUGCCAACUUCAAUGCAUUUUGACACCAAUUCCAACUGGUUUCAGUCUCCUGCUAUUGAGUAUUCCAUGCCCAGGGAUACCCAGGACCAUGCUUACAACUCUGAAGUUUCUGGUGAUGUGUACAGUACGGACAUUAAGAACGAUGGAUACGGAAGUGGUGCCGUCAUGCCAUAUCAACCUUUCAUGGAUGUUACUGGGUCUCCGCAACACAAGCAAUAUGCCUCCAGUGCUACAUCGGACAUAAUCCCAGCACAGUUGCAUUACAAUAUAAAUCCUGCGCUGCCAUCGCUAGACUCGGUUAGUGUGAAUAACUCUGCCGCUGAAGUUCCUACUGGCACCUCAUUGGCUAUACCUAUACCAUCCCAGAAUAUACAUGUCGAACCCGAUUCCAAGGAUAGGGAAUCCAUAGAUUCGGGUAUGUUGAAGCCUUUUGUUGCAAGCAUACCACCGGAAGCAAAAAACGUAGUAAAGUAUGACACGCAAAAGCACGCGUUCGUUGCUAUUUACCUUGGUCCCUUGGGUGCACGGCGCAGGCGCUUAUUCUCCAUACGCAAGUUCGGAGUUGAGCAGGCUCUUAAGCUGGCAACUGAUUUUGCAGUAGGUUCGUCUUCCGCGGCGGUGGCCAGUAAGGAGCGGCGUCUCCUUGAGGAGGUUUGCAUGUUUGCUUUGCAGUCUAACCCUAAUAGUGGUACUAAAAUAGAACACGUAGAGGCAGCGUGCAACAAGCCUGAAGCUCGAGGACUUGUGUUCUCCUGUGGAGCACAGCUAUGGAUGACCAUCACAUAUGACAGUAGCACCGGUGAACGUGAGAUGGAGGCCUUUAGCGUCGAGAGCUUGGGGUUUGAAGGGGCGUACCAGGCGGCUGUAGCCGCUCUGGACCAACGCCUACAGAAUGGUGAGAUUAUGACAUCCAAGCUUUCGGGGCCGUUAUACUUCUGGCUGGAGUCAGGGGGCAGUGUCCUGUGUUUGAUGGUUACCUCCCGUGACCUUAUGCGCCUGGGACCUAAUGACCAGGAAAUAUACAUUGGCCGAUUCGAUGUUAAAUCAUCCGGAGGCUUUUAUGGCGCACGUAAACUGGCGCAAAAGUGGCGAUCUGACUUACGUAACCAGCUAAUAUACUAGA